AUGCCUCCUUCAGCACCAUCCUCAUCUUCACCCAUCGUGGGAUCUAACGACGAAAUGUCUGUGCCUCGUGCCCAUGCACAUUUUAUCAUCGAGUCUGAUGGCGAGGAAAACGACACGUUCCCUGAGGUGCCGACUCCUCACCGCUCGACCAGCAACGGUCACGGAGCUAUGGACUCACCCCCCCAGACGCCUCGUACCAAUAGCUUCGGCCAGUCGACGGCGAAAAACCCCUUCUCACCGCCAGCCAGCGUACUUAGCUUCAGUACGCCAACAGAGUCGCCUAUGCAAACCCCGGCAUUUCUCCCGACCCAGUACCCGUUCCCGGAAACUGCGCCGAGAAGCGGCAUUACGUCGCUCGCCACUAGCAUGGCUGAUUUGCGCCGUACCUCCUCGUCCCUAGGUAGUCACCCUCAGACGGCUGAAUCUCAGAGGGCAAGCUAUCUUCGUUCGCGGGAAGCUUUUACUUCACCCCCUACACGGCCUCUCACUUUGUACAACACUCCCCCCGUCACCAAGGUAGCCAGGGAACGUCCCAAGUCGACGAUGCUCACCCCCGAAAACGCCCCGGAGAAACCAUGGGUGGUGAACAAGGAUAGACGUGCUACCAUUUCAUACUUCGUAACCUAUGGCGUAGCCUUCCUUGGAAUUGUCGCCAGCGGCCUCAAGAUCUACUUUGACUGGAAAGCUCUUCCCGUCCUGACCGGCAACUUGUGCUCGAUCCUUGACGAAGAUUUCUCAAGCGGAAAUGACGUCUUUGGUGACAAUGGUGUCUUCUUCCGAGAGGUUGACAUGAGUGGCUUCGGCAACGGCCAAUUUGAAAUGACGACUUCUUCUCUCAAUAAUUCAUUCGUUCAGAACAACCGUUUGUAUAUUCUCCCCACACUGACCGAAGACAGUAUCGGCAGGGAUGCAAUACUCAAUGGGCACGUUUAUAAUAUUACCGAUUGCACGUACAACAUUACUCGCGGACAGUCUUACACCGAUUCCUCCUCGUCGGUCAACACAGGUACCACCACAAUUGGUAGCGAUGAGGACUUUGAUGCCGAAUCCUACUACGCUGCCUGUUCUGCUGUGAGCAACUUUACAACAGGACAGAUCAUCAAUCCUAUUCAAAGUGCAAGAAUAAGCACGAGGAGCAGCGCUAACAUCCGGUAUGGAAAGGUCGAGGUUAGGGCUAAGAUUCCAACUGGGGACUGGAUGUGGCCUGCUAUUUGGAUGCUUCCCGUCGAUAAUACGUACGGCGACUGGCCUCUAAGCGGUGAAAUUGAUAUCAUGGAAUCUCGAGGAAACGGGAUUUCAUAUCCUAGACAGGGAUCCAACUAUGUUCGUGGUUCACUCAACUGGGGACCUGUCUCUUGGUACAAUGCUGUGGCCAAGACGUACGGAUGGUGGACUCUCCGGCGAGGAAGCUACGCCGAUGAUUUCCACACGUAUUCCAUAGAGUGGACCGAUAAGUUCAUGCGGAUUUACGUCGACACUCGCUUGCAUCACAUGUUCCAAAUGAGCAUAAAAGAAUCCUUCUGGGACCUCGGAGAAUUCCCGUCGACUACCACGAAUGGCUCAGAGACCAUCGCGCUACAGAACCCGUGGGUCAAUGGAUCCACAUCAGCACCGUUUGAUCAAAGGUUCUAUCUCAUAUUGAAUGUUGCUAUUGGCGGAACAAAUGGAUGGUUCGAAGACGGCUAUGGCGACAAGCCGUGGCUAGAUGGGUCUUCGACUGCGAUGAGGGACUUUUACAACAAGAAGGACACCUGGUAUGCGACCUGGCCGGAGGAUGUGGAACAGCGCGCCUUUGUGAUUGACUCUGUCAAAAUGUGGGAACGGUGUUAA